AUGGUGGCAUGGCUUAGAACUACUCAUGAAUUUGGCUGCAGGGUCCCCAAGGGUUUCCUGAUACUCUGGACUGGUCUAGGUUCCUGUAGCUGCCUACAUCCAGGUGGGGAGCCCCACAGUGCCCACAACAAAGCCAGCCCUCCCAGCCCCAAAAGGGAGCUGGAGAAUCCAUUAUGGAAAGACAAAGACUGGAUCCUCAAAGAGCCCAACUCAGGCUCAUGGUCCUGGCAAGCCAAAGCAGCCAGCCUCUGGUCCACAGACCUCGCCUCCAUGAGUCCCGUGGGCAGCACUUGGACCCCUCAAGGUCCAGGCCCCCAAAUUAGCUCCCUGUUGGAUUCUGCUCCCUUGGAGUCACCAAUGUCUCCACCACCUUGUCCAAGGAAGCCCCUGGAAAUGGCACAUCCAAGUUCCCUAAAGGGAAAGCACGAAUCCAGGUGUUCCCUGAGGCAGAAGGAAGAAAAGGAAAUGCAUUCUGUCUUCCAUGUAGGCUUAGAGAAAACUCCAGGGGACUUACUGUUGGAAAAAGAUGGAAGUUGAUUUUUCCUAAGUGAAGAAAAGAAAAUGGUAUCUCUGGACUUUUUGGAAGCAGAAGAUAGGGAGCAUGUGACCAAGAAAGAAAGAAUUUGGAGUUCUCAGCAAAAAUUUAGAGAAGUUCAUAUGUCCCUCAGUUUCCCUAGUUUUCCUAGAAAAGAGGAUGAAGGUCUUUCUGCAUAUUCUAAGUUAGAUUGCUUCCCAAAUAUUAAUGAAGCAGAGUUCAAAUCCUUUGACAUAGAUGUGCAGGAAAAGUAUACUAAGUGGUAUUCACCAUUUGCUCUGGCUUCAUCUGUAAAUGCUACUAGGAUAGAAUGAGUUAUGAAAACCAGGCAGCAUGGGCAUGACCUUCCCUUUAAAGCUGAUACAAUUAUGUGGCCACUUUCUAUCUACCCAGAGAAUCCACUAUGGCCAGUAUCUGGGGAAUUUCUAGAUAAUCCUCAUACCUCUCCAGUUUAUUUCUGUGGGAACCAGAGAAUCCUCAAAAAAGAUAAAUGGCUUCACUUCAUCAGUGGCCCUAAAACUUCUGGGUCCCUAUAUCCCAGAUGCCGCCAAGGUGCUUGA